CUUCCCUCUUGUCCCUGCUGCUGUUCCUGCUGUUGUUCCUGCUGCUCCCUCCCCUUUCCCGGCUCCUCCUCUGCCGGGCUUCUCGCUCCACCGAGCCGAUCUCCCCAAAAGAAAAGUUUCCGUGCAAAGUCUUCCUGGAGCUCCUGUGUUCCAUGUUGCACCGAUGGAGGGGUUAUGAGGUAUAAGAGCCAUGGUAGUGAUGACGGAGCCGGCGGACCGACCUCUGACCCCGUUAAACACACCGGAGACACUUCUCAGCAGGGACUCCCGAGGGACCCGGUCGACGUCUGAAGUGGAUCAUGGAGGUGAGAGGAGACCCAGGAGACCUGGAGGGUCACCUCCAGACCUCCAUCUGUGUCUGGACUCAGAGGCAGACCCCUCAGAGAGCAAGAGGAAACCAGCCGGCAUGAGAUUGAAACCUGUGGAGCAGCUUUCACCCGCUCUGACUCCGAGUGACUGUGAGACAAAGUUUGAAAGAAAGAAAGCCCAGCCCAGCCACUUAUCGAAGACAAACACCCACUAUCAUAAGUUAUUCAAGGAGGUCAGCAGAGACGAGCUCCUCAAACAAAGUUACACUUGUGCACUGCAGAGAGACAUUUUAUAUCAGGGCAAAAUGUUCGUGUCUGAUAACUGGAUCUGUUUCCACUCCAAAGUCUUUGGCAGAGACACCAAGAUUUCCAUCCCGGUGGUGUCGGUGACGUUUAUCAAAAAAACUAAAACUGCAUUAUUAGUGCCAAACGCCCUCGUGAUUGAAACCACCAAUGAUCAGCACGUGUUUGUGUCCUUCCUCUCUCGAAACACCACCUACAAACUUCUGAGGUCCGUCUGUGUUCAUCUGGAGGUGGAGAAGACCUGUAACAGCCCCGUUAUUUCCUCCUGUGAGAACAGCUUCAGGGUGAAAUGCUCAUCGUCACUUCCUCUGGACUUCUCCGCGGACUUCUCCGACCUGGACGGAGUGGUGCAACAGAGGCGUCAGGAGAUGAUGGAGAGCAGCAGCUCCGGCUCUCAAACUCCAGAUUAUGACAAACUAACCGACUUCAGCCGCCUCCCGGACACGUUUCUGAGUGCAGUGAAGAGCGGAGAGGUUUCAGUUCACGCAGACAUUCACCUCCAGACUCCCAGCCAGAAACACGGAGCUGCCCUGAACAACGGCUCUCCAAAGCUCAAAGACAAGUCCUCACAGCCCAUGUCGUUACACGCCAUCCUCCUCAUCUAUCUGUUCUUAGUUAGUGUCCUCGUCUUGUCCUCCUGUUACAUGGCUUUCAAGAUCGUGGCUCUUGAGCAUCGUUUGAACUCCUUGGUGUCCGCGGGGCAACACAUCCGUAAUGAGAAUGCAGUGAGCCCCCGGCCCCAGGAGGAAGUCAACGCUGAGAUUUAUGGAGAACUGUCUUCCAACUUGUUCAAGCUAGAAAAGAUUCAAAGAAACCUUCGGAAGCUACUUGAAGAGACUUAAAAGAAGACGUCUGCUUUACUUUCUCAUCAGAGACGUCGGAUUAUCUCUGAAGAUCAGCAGCGAUCACAUCUGGUAAUAGAUUUGUUGCCAAAGCACGGACAGCUCACGCAGAAAGCUUUCUUCAAACUGUGUGAAGUUGAACUUAAAUUGUGCAAUAACAGCUUCUUUCCACUCAGGACUAUUCUCUGACUCUUUGCUGGAGGUUAAACUGAAGCAGCGUGUUAGUGAAGACAACCUUCAGACAUAUACAGUAGGCAGUAUUUAGCUAAGAGCUUUUAUUUUGCAUUUCACAAUAGUGGGAUUUUUUUUAAAGGUCAUAUUUCCAUGUUAUCCAAACAUUUCUUAAAAGGUCAACUUGUGCUGUUUGUAUGUUUAGUUUGUUAGAAUUAUAUUAGUUACAUUUUAUUAUGUCACGUAUGUUAAUGUUUGUACAAUAUCUUUUAAUGACAUUUAUAUAGUGUGUGGUAUGUAAAGAUAGAAAAGGACUGAAAAGUUUAGCGGGUAUUUUUAUUGUAAAUUACAUGUUAUAUCAUUAUAUAUUAUUAUUAUUAUUAAUAUUAUUAUAUUAUAUCAUUGAAGAGAUUCUAAGCUGGUCAUAAUUUAAAUAAUUGUCCGAACAUUUCCACAGAAACUUUGAUGUGAGUGUUUGUGUGUUUAAAGACGUGUCAGUCGUUUCAGGAGAGACAGAAAAGUACCAGUUUGUGCUUCAAACCUUUAAAUCACCGACUGUCCCUUUAACUGUUGGAUGGAUCUCAGUCCUGAAAUAAAUGUCUCUCUACCUGUUGAA